GCGGCGGCGGCGGCGGCGGCGGAGGAGCGGCGGGGGGAUCCGGAAGUCAACACCAUGUCGAGUCUGCACAAGAGCCGGAUUGCAGAUUUCCAGGAUGUCCUGAAAGAGCCCAUGAUUGCCUUGGAAAAGCUUCGGGAACUCAGUUUUAGUGGCAUCCCCUGUGAGGGCGGACUGCGGUGCCUCUGCUGGAAGAUUCUGUUGAACUACCUCCCCUUGGAGAGAGCCUCAUGGACCUCCAUCCUGGCCAAGCAGAGGGAGCUGUAUUCUCAGUUCCUGAGGGAGAUGAUCAUCCAGCCUGGCAUUGCCAAGGCCAACAUGGGUGUGUCCAGGGAGGAUGUGACCUUUGAGGACCACCCUCUCAACCCCAACCCUGACAGCCGGUGGAACACAUACUUUAAGGACAACGAGGUGCUGCUGCAGAUAGACAAAGAUGUCCGGAGGUUGUGCCCAGAUAUAUCCUUCUUCCAGAGGGCCACCGAGUACCCGUGCCUCCUCAUCCUGGACCCCCAGAAUGAGUUUGAGACCCUUCGUAAGCGCGUGGAACAAACGACGCUGAAAUCCCAGACAGUGGCCCGGAACCGCAGCGGGGUCACAAAUAUGAGCUCCCCACACAAGACCUCCGCACCUUCAUCGCUGAACGAGUACGAGGUGCUGCCCAACGGCUGUGAGGCCCACUGGGAGGUGGUGGAGCGGAUCCUCUUCAUCUAUGCCAAGCUCAAUCCUGGCAUCGCCUACGUGCAGGGCAUGAACGAGAUCGUGGGGCCCCUCUACUAUACCUUUGCCACUGACCCCAACAGCGAGUGGAAAGAGCAUGCAGAGGCCGACACCUUUUUCUGCUUCACCAACCUCAUGGCUGAGAUCCGGGACAACUUCAUCAAGAGCCUGGACGACUCGCAGUGUGGCAUCACCUACAAGAUGGAAAAGGUGUAUUCCACCUUGAAGGAUAAGGAUGUAGAACUCUAUCUGAAGCUGCAAGAGCAGAACAUCAAGCCCCAGUUCUUCGCCUUCCGCUGGCUGACGCUGCUGCUGUCGCAGGAGUUCCUGCUGCCCGAUGUCAUCCGCAUCUGGGACUCCCUCUUUGCUGACGACAGCCGCUUUGACUUCCUUCUCCUUGUCUGCUGCGCCAUGCUCGUACUGAUCCGGGAGCAGCUGCUGGAAGGUGACUUUACCGUAAACAUGCGGCUCCUGCAGGAUUACCCCAUCACAGAUGUCUGCCAGAUCCUACAGAAAGCCAAGGAACUCCAAGACUCAAUGUAGCCUGGCAGUGAGAGGCCCAGGUUUGGGAGAGAAGCCACCAACGCCAGUGCCCAGCUCUGGGAGGCACAGAAAGCUGUGGGCUCCCAGCCAAGGAGAAGCUGCUGGAUGGCCAGCUCCAGGCCUCUCACCCAGGUCCCCUCGCCCUUGGCCGCUCCCGCGGGAGCACACUGUGCCAUGCUCCUUCCUCACCCGAGCCCUGACGCCUCCCUGUUCUUCAGCCCUGGAACCUAUGGCCCGAGCUGCCGAGGAAGGCCAGAGCUGCCCAGGUGGUUUCCUGGACGGGGCCAGAUGGGGCGCCCUGGGGGUUGGCAGGGGGCCCUCCUCGCUUCUGCCCUGCUGCUCCCUGCUCCCCUUCCGCUCUGGUCUUUGGGCUCUGGUUGGAGGAGGUGCUUGGCAAAUGAGCCAGAAACCACUUCCAGGGGUUGGUGCUUAGGCGUCUCCAUGGGGAAGGUGACACCACGAGGAGCUGAUAGGCUGCCAGGCCCAGUCUCACUGUGUCCCUCGAAGUGCGCGUGUCGUGUCUGUCCUUUCGUUGGCUGGCAUGUGUCUUCAUCCCCCAGGAGUCUGCUCUGUCUGCGUCUGUGUGUACGUGAGGGGGUGUCAUGUCCCUCCAGGGCUCUGCUUCUCCGUUGUCACUCCUGCCUGUUUCCUCUCGCCUCCCUCUGCUUUCCGAGGGUGGGCGUGACUCAUUCUGUCUACUUCUCCAUUACUCUGUCUUUUCUUGGGGUGCCUUAUCCCCAGCCUCUUGUCCUCUGCACCCCUCCUCCACUCCCAUGAACCCCAAGGACAGAAUGGCUCAGCAAAGCCCCUAGAGGUCAACCUUGGCCUUUGUCCCCUGUUGCAUCCCCUAGUCCCAUACUCCCAGGUCACUAGACAGGGAGGGCGUCCACAGUGCCUCACUAUGGGGCCCGGAACCUGCUCUCCACCACAGAAAUCGUGGAAACCAAAAGCUGCCGGAGAAUGAUGGCCUGCCUGACGUUAGACCACGCCCCUCUGGCUGCCCAGGGAUGGAGGGGGGCAGCUGGGGCUUCCGCACAGUUCCCCCUGGGCCUUUCUCUCCCAAAGGCGAAGGACAGGAUGGCGGUGCUGUCCGGGGGUUGGGGUCCAAGUGCUUCAGAAGAGUCCUACUUCCCGUGCUGAGGCCCAGCUAGGGGCCACAGGGACCUGACUGGGCUGAGUGAGCUCGAGGGCCUGGAUCCUGUCAGUGCUGGGAGAGCAGGUUUCCCCUCAGGCUGGCUGAAGGAAGUGCUGGCCCUUGUCUGGGUGCUGCUGGGCUGUCCCCGGGAUUGGGACAGGUGGUCUCUGAGCAGGAGCAGCCAGGUGUGUGUGUGCGUGUGUGUUUGGGGGGCUUGUUCUGACCAAAUCCUCUCCCUCUUGGGAGGAAGCGGGUAGUUGGGUCUGGAGGACUGGGUAACAUGUAACGGGUCCUCUUCCUAGGAGCCAUGCCCCAGGAGUCCUUGUGCCCCGAAACCUCCCUGCGUCUGGCAGAUGGGGUUCCUGUUGCCCAGCAGGCCUGACUGGGCCCAGGCCCGCUUUCCCAGGCGGCGCUCCUUCGCCAGGCUGCACUGAGGUGCCGCUUAGACUUGAUGCACUUGCUUUUUUGCUCCCUUCUCCCCAACACAGGAUUUGGGAGAUUUUUAUUAUUUAUUUGGGCUCUGGUUAUUUAUUACAGAUUGGCAAGUGCUUGGUUUGGGGCUGGGAGGUAGAAAGGAGCUGGAGACACGAUCCUCCUGACUUCCCACAGUUGGAGUUCAUGGUCUCCACGGCCCCUGCCACUUCCUGGCUCUCCAGCAGGUGCGCGCUGCCGGGGCACUGAGCACUACCGCAGGGUUUGGGAGGUGAGCCCUGGGAUCCUCGCCAGACACCCCUGCCUGGGCUUGAGACACCCUGACUCCCACCGGCCUGGCUCACCCUUUUCCAGAACCCGACAGCUGGUUCAGUCCCGCAUUGACCCCUUCACAGUGAGCCUGGGCCACCACCUGGGACCCAGCAGACACUGCCUAGACACCUGAUGCAUUCCCUCUUGCCUGUCCCCUGCCUUCUUUUUUGGGGCCAUGCUACUUGAAUCACUGCGUCUAAUUUGCCUCUGUGGCAGACCCGAGUCCAGUGUCCUCUCUUUGACCUUGGAGUGAAGGUCAGGACUAUGUCCAGUGGGAUAUUACCUGAGGAAGGGGCCUGCCCUUGGCCAGUUUCCUCCCAGGCUCUCGAGGUCCCUAGAGAGCCAGAGCAUCUGAGGCUUCCUGCUAGGGAAGCUGCCCCCGGACUUCAGACAAAUGCAGGUUGGACCCUGCACUCCUCGGCAGGCCUUGCUCCGAGGGUUGGAAUGUUAGUCACUUUUGUUUGUUCAUCUGUUUUGUUCCUUCAAUCAAUGCUAUUGACAAAUUGUGUUGAAUAAAUCAUGUGUUCUUUGCAGUGGGCAUUGGUGCUGUAAUGACCUGAAGUCUGAGGCCUCAGAGCAGGAAAAGAAGUUUGAGCAAGGGUGGAGCGAGGAGGCUCUGGGCUGGCCUAAGGGAAAGGCCUGGAGGUUGGGGUCGAAGCAGCUGUUCAGCUUCAUUCAGCUGUUUUCAUUGCAGCUGGGGGAGGGGUAUUACACAUGACCUUACACAGCGCGUUACUGCUUGGCUUGAAAAAACUUUGAAAAUUGAAAAACGAGUCACCAGGGCCUCAUGAUCUGGAGAAAAAUCACUGACAUGUUAAGGCUUAGCAGAUCUUAAAAAUUUGUAUUACCAUCAUCACUGUCUUUUUUAAAGAUUUAUUUAUGCAUACAGGAACUGGGGUACAGGCCCGAGGUGCGGGGGGUGAGAGGACUCACCAGAGAUAGAGCAGGGAACAGAACAGGCAGACCAACCAAAAUACACUGCUGAGGGGAGCAGUGGGCGAGACAGGAGAGGUCCGCUGUGCCAUGUGGGUAGCUCCCCCAGCUAUCCAGGAUCGAACCUGCGCUGCAGAGGCUAGGAACAGCUUCACAGCGCUGCGCUCAACCUGCUGGGCCACCAGGGAGGCCCCAUCACUGUCUUGAUAGAGAUUUGUGCUCUCUCCCCCCUUACUCUUGCUGCUUUGCCAGGGGCAGCCCUUUCACAUAUGAAAGAACCUCCAAAUCCUUAGGACGGUAC